UAUGGUAGCAAGGAUGGGAAGCUUGACAAAAUGAAGGAGGAGGAUGCGAUCAUAAAAAUGGAGGGUGAAAAGCACAAGCGGUGUGAUGCGAAUUGAAACUAGCGGGCAUUUUCCUGAUUCCAUUAUAAAUGGAGCUCGAUCAUAUCGCAAUGUCCACGACCAUCGAAGAGAGAGAAGGAAGAAGGGCAGAUACAGGCAAGCAUGGGAUGAGGAAUAUACUCUCGUCGACGUUUCUGUUUCGGCAUCCCGGAGCAUUACAUUAAGUUGGGAGAAAAACAAGGGUCGUAAUGCCUUCGUCGGAGGCUCUCGAUUGGUUCCUCCUCCCUCUUAGCAGAGCCUUUUGUACGCCAUUCUCCGUUUUCAUUCAGAUCCAGGGAUGUGUGAUUUGCUUACUUCUUGGUAUUGGGUGGGCCUUGGCUGCUUCUGUCAGGAACAGAGAGAUAAAUAGAAUUAAAUACAGUAUGCGGAAUGGCAACGACUUCGCUUUCCUUUGUCACAAUAUCAACGAACUUGAGCACUCACAUCAGGUCAACCUGCCAACAGUAACUGUAAUUAUGCCACUAAAAGGUUUUGGAGAACACAAUUUACACAAUUGGAGAAGUCAGAUAACAUCUCUCUACGGGGGCUCUCUAGAAUUUCUUUUUGUGGUAGAAAGCACAGAGGAUCCUGCUUACCAUGCUAUAUCACUACUGCUAUCAGAAUAUGAGGAUAACGUUAAUGCUAGGAUUAUUGUGGCUGAUUUUGCAACAACUUGUAGUCAAAAGAUUCACAAUCAGUUGGUUGGAGUUGAAAAUAUGCGUAAAGACAGCAAAUAUGUAUUGUUUUUAGAUGAUGAUGUUAGGCUACAUCCUGGAACAAUUGGAGAGCUCACCAAAGAGAUGGAGAAAAACCCUAAGAUAUUUAUUCAAACUGGAUACCCUCUCGAUUUGCCAUCUGGAAGUCUUGGAAGCUACUGCAUCUAUGAAUACCAUAUGCCAUGUUCAAUGGGCUUUGCGACUGGUGGGAAAACUUUUUUUCUGUGGGGAGGUUGCAUGAUGAUGCAUGCUGAUGACUUUAGGCAAGAUCGUUGUGGUGUAGUCUCCGGACUUCAAGAUGGUGGAUAUUCUGAUGAUAUGACUCUUGCAGCUAUAGCUGGGGCUCACAAAGAACUCAUCUAUUCUCCUCCAGUUGCUGUGUUUCCUCAUCCACUUGCCAGUGAUCUUAAUUUUGGAAGGUACUGGAAUUACUUACGAAAACAAACAUUUGUGUUGGAGUCAUAUGUAACAAGGGCUAACUGGAUAAUGAACCGUGUAUUAUUUGCUGCUCACUGUUAUCUGUCAUGGGGAUUUGUAGCGCCAUACUUCAUGGCAAUUAUUCAUGUUUUGGCAGCGUUAAGAUUUUAUAUCAAAGGGUACUCAUCUGAGGAAAUGGCUUACGGGUUAUCACUGGUCAGCUUCUUAACUAUAUGCACUUUCAUUGCUCUUUUUUCAAUGUGGAACUUGACAAGGAUAGAAGUUCAUCUGUGCAACCUUUUGUCCCCGGAGGCACCCCGGCUUUCUCUUACUUCCUAUAAUUGGUGUCUUGUGUUCAUAGCGAUGUUGGUGGAUAACUUUCUAUAUCCGGUAUCUGCCAUUCGUUCUCGUUUAUCUCAACAUAUCAAUUGGUCUGGUACUCUGUACUAUUUGGAAAAUGGAAAAGUAAGCAGGAUCGAAAGAAUACAGAGAAGCAAGGACAUGCGCCCGGUAUUCACAGACUUGGGGGGAAAACACUUAUUUGGAAAGAAAGGAUUAGCUCGCAAGAACUCAUUCCUCGGUUCUUGGUCCAGAAGUUUUAUGCAAUGGCGUCAGCCCAAGAAACAUGAUAUAUAGGAGACAAGGCUUCUACUUCUAGUGAAUAGGUUCAGUAUCUCUCUUGUGUCUCGUUGCCCCACCUUUUGAGGGUUAAUGAGCAGCAUGACCUUUGGAGUAAAAGGACGUUGACAGAUCAACUGGUCUCUUCUGUUGUUUGGGCCAUCCGUCAUUGAUUGUAAGGCUGUUUGAAUCGUAGUCCCAUUUUUUGGUUACCCAUUCAAAUCACGAUUCUUCAGCACAAAAGUGUGUUUUUAUUAGUGUCGAGCAACCAAAAAAAGGGGGUAUUUUUUAAUUGUUUUUGUAUUUGUUUAAUCUGCUGUAGGUAGUUUAACGUCUAGAAACGCAAUCGUACUUUGCCCUUCAUCUUAGGGAUGAAAUUGUAAAUUCAUCUUAUCCUUUGAAGCUCUCAACUCUUGUAAAUACGUUAUUGUCAAUGGCAAGUUGUUUAA